AUGCACGUCCUCAUCAUCGGCGGCGGCAUCGUCGGCCUCACCAUUGCGCAAGGAUGUCGCGAGAACGAUAUCCCUUACACCAUUUUUGAGCGAGACACGCCCGAAAGCCGGCGGCACGGGUGGGCUUUGACUCUACAUUGGUGCCUGGAUCAGCUCGAACGAACCAUCGGAAAGGAGAGAGCGGCGAUGUUACCCAAGGCUGUGGUGGACACUUCUCUGAAGAAGGACGAAGGAAACUUCCUUUUCCUGAACGCUGAAACCUGCGAGGCGCGGUACAAGAUUCCUCCCGCAAAAAGGAGAUACCGCCUGCACCGUCGGAAGCUCCGCGACGUGCUGGCCAGUGGCUUGAACGUCCAGGAGGGGAAGGCUCUUGUGAGGGUCGAGGAGCUGCCCGACGGCGUCCGGGCGCAUUUCGCCGAUGGCACGAGCGCCGAGGGAACGAUUCUUGUCGGAGCCGAUGGAAACAAUUCCAAGGUCCGCCAGUUCCUCAUGCCCGACGACCACGAGCUCACCAAGCUGCCCGUUCACCUGGUGGGCGUCAUCCGACGCUUUACUCCCGAGCAAGCAGCCCCAGUCAGGGCCCUUGAUCCGCUGCUGUUCCAGGCGCUGGAUCCCAAGACGUCCAACUACCUGUGGUAUAGCAUACAGGAGUGCAUACCCGAGGCGGACGGCAGAUCAUCGUUCGACUGCCUCGUCAUCAUCUCCUGGAUCAUGAAGGACGCCGAAGCGGACAAGAUCCCCACGACCCCGGCCGAGCGCAUCGCCAAGAUGAAGGAGCGGGCACAGGGCUUCGCGGAGCCGCUGCGUAGCAUCGUCAUGGACAUUCCAGAUGACCUUGCGGCGACCACGCCGCUGCGGCUCGGCGACUUCCCGUGCCGGGACUGGGACAACCGCGGGGGCCGCGUGACGCUUGCUGGGGAUGCGGCCCAUGCCAUGACCAUGUACCGUGGCGAGGGCGCCAACCACGGCAUCCUCGACGCGGCUCUGCUGGUCGACGAGCUGCGCGCGGUUCACAAGGACAAGAUCGGCCUGCAAGACGCCAUCGACGCAUAUGAGGCCGAGAUGCGGCCUCGCACCCAUGCUGCGGUCCUCAAGAGCCGGGAGGCUGCCCUUGUCGCCCACGAAUGGGACAAGAUCACGGACGAUUCGCCCAUCGUAGGCGCGCGUAAUGCACCAGUCUCGGCGUUGUGGAAGACAUGGCGCGGGGCUUAA